GGUCUCCAGCCAUGCUUUAAAUAGCCAGCACCUUCCCUGGCCCCCUCGAGAAUUCUCCGACAGGACCUCAGGCAGAAACUUCACCAAGAUGAGCAAACUAAGGCUGCGUUAUUCAUUAACUUCUUUGGAGGCAUGAAGGGAGCUAGAAAUGGGCGGGAUGGAUAACAGGGUCUCGGGAACAACCAGUAAUGGAGAGACCAAGCCAGUGUGUCCAGUCAUGAAGGAGGUGGAGGAAGACGGCACCUUGGAACGGGAGCACUGGAACAACAAGAUGGAGUUUGUGCUGUCAGUGGCGGGAGAGAUCGUUGGCUUAGGCAAUGUCUGGAGGUUUCCCUAUCUCUGCUACAAGAACGGGGGAGGUGCCUUCUUUAUCCCCUACCUCAUCUUCCUUUUCACCUGUGGCAUUCCUGUCUUCUUCUUGGAGACAGCACUUGGCCAGUACACCAACCAGGGAGGCAUCACAGCCUGGAGGAAGAUCUGUCCCAUCUUUGAGGGCAUCGGCUAUGCCUCACAGAUAAUCGUCAGUCUCCUCAAUGUCUACUACAUCGUUGUCCUGGCCUGGGCCCUCUUCUACCUCUUCAGCAGCUUCACCACCGACCUCCCGUGGGGCAGUUGCAGCCAUGAGUGGAAUACAGAAAACUGUGUGGAGUUCCAGAAGACCAAUGUCUCCCUGAAUGUGACCUCUGAGAAUGCCACCUCUCCUGUCAUCGAGUUCUGGGAGAGGCGAGUCCUGAAGCUCUCAGAUGGCAUCCAGCACCUGGGGUCCCUGCGCUGGGAACUGGCCUUGUUCCUGCUGGCCUGGAUCAUUUGUUACUUCUGCAUCUGGAAGGGGGUCAAGUCCACGGGCAAGGUGGUGUACUUCACAGCCACAUUCCCUUACCUCAUGCUGGCGGUCCUGUUGAUUCGAGGAGUGACGCUGCCCGGGGCAGCCCAAGGAAUUCAGUUUUACUUGUACCCCAACAUCACACGUCUGUGGGACCCCCAGGUGUGGAUGGAUGCGGGCACCCAGAUCUUCUUCUCCUUUGCCAUCUGUCUGGGGUGCCUCACGGCCCUGGGCAGCUACAACCAGUACCACAACAACUGCUACAGGGACUGUGUCGCCCUUUGCAUCCUCAACAGCGGCACCAGCUUCGUGGCUGGGUUUGCCAUCUUCUCCAUUCUGGGCUUCAUGUCUCAGGAGCAAGGUGUGCCCAUAUCUGAAGUUGCUGAGUCAGGCCCUGGCCUGGCUUUCAUCGCCUACCCUCGAGCCGUGGUGAUGUUGCCCUUCUCACCAUUGUGGGCCUGCUGUUUCUUCUUCAUGGUUGUUCUCCUGGGACUAGACAGCCAGUUUGUGUGCGUAGAAAGCCUGGUGACAGCGCUGGUGGACAUGUAUCCCAGGGUGUUCCGUAAGAAGAACCGGAGGGAAAUCCUCAUCCUUAUAGUGUCUGUCCUCUCCUUUUUCAUUGGACUGAUCAUGCUCACAGAGGGCGGCAUGUACGUGUUUCAGCUCUUCGACUACUAUGCAGCCAGUGGCAUGUGCCUUCUCUUCGUGGCCAUCUUUGAAUCCCUCUGUGUGGGUUGGGUUUAUGGAGCCAGCCGCUUCUAUGACAACGUUGAGGAUAUGAUUGGGUACAAGCCGUGGCCUCUUAUCAAAUAUUGUUGGCUCUUUUUCACCCCGGCUGUGUGCACGGCAACCUUCCUGUUCUCCCUGAUCAAAUACACACCGCUGACCUACAACAAGAAGUACACGUACCCAUGGUGGGGGGAUGCCCUGGGCUGGCUCCUAGCUCUCUCCUCCAUGAUCUGCAUUCCUGCCUGGAGCAUCUACAGGCUCGGGACUCUCAAGGGCCCACUCAGAGAGCGGCUCCGACAGCUCGUGUGCCCAGCUGAAGACCUUCCCCGGAAGAACCAACCAGAGCCUGCUGCUCCUGCCACACCUAUGACAUCCCUCCUCAGGCUCACAGAACUGCAGUCUAACUGCUAGAGCCAGGGCUUUGACAUGCCUGUGAGCCUGGCCAUGGGGACAAGCUAUAGGAGCGGAGGGCAGAAGUACCCCUCGGUGCUGGGGCAGAUAAGACAAGAGGGGUAUUUGGGACCCACCUUCUGAGCUGGGUCCCUACUAUCUCGACUCCCCUAUUCCAGGGUGGUCCAAACAUUGUGACAUGUCCACAUCAGCAACACCCCUUUGAGGCAGCUUGGGAAGCCCUGGGGAGGCGAAGGCCUGGCUGGUCGCUGGGCCCUCUUCCCUCCAUGCCAUUAAAUCCAACUUCCUCCCACAACUGCUUGCC